GAUUGGCAGAUUGACCGAGUGACUUUCCAAAACAGAAGAAGAACGAACUAACGCGCGUAACUUCGCUGUCUACCGCUUAUGGACGUGUUAUUACUUCCGCAUAGUCGUUAUGGAGUAUAAGGGAGCGAAAUCUAAGGAGAAUGUCGACUGGGGUUCAGCGAUCCCGCCACUGAAGACCCAGGAAGCGCACUCUAGUGAUGACGUCCCACUGCCGAGGAUGAGGAGCAAACGCUGUGCAUGCAGUAGCGUGCUGGACUCUGAGUGUCAUUACUUCUGCCACUUGGACAUCAUCUGGGUCAAUACCGCCAGUAAAACCACAAUUUAUGGCCUCGGUGGUACUUUAUCACGACGACGACGACGGAGAUCCGCAGGCAGGUGUACUUGUGAAAACGUGGAUGACCUAACCUGUGCCGGCUUCUGCCAUCACAAAGGUGCAGCAAGAAGGUCCAAAACUGAUUGAUAAAGGAAACAAAAUAUGCCAAACAUCCACCAAACGGCACCAAAAAAAAAAACAAUGACGCUACUUAGAUGGCGAAGCAAGCUGACACGUGUCCAUCGGAGGAGGCUGAUGGACCAUAAGGACGUGUGUCCGUUCUGGAAAUGUGUGAACGGUGCAAAAAGACAGAGGUCUGCGAACACACCACGCAAAUAGAGCACUUUGCCUCCAGUUGUCAAAGUGUCGUCAGUGUCAUUCUGUCACUGGAACGAGAGAACGGGCGGAAUAGCGUAGAGUCUCAUUGCCUGUUCAGGGGACUAGUGGUGCAUGAUGGAUCAGGUUUCAUCAACACCGAAUGGACAGAAGACACAAAACCGAGAACUGGCCCAUGUUUAUGUUCAUCCUGGAACUGAAAGUCUUCCCAGAAGAGUAAAAAAAAAAAAAAAAUCCUGUCCCAAUACUUUUGCAUAUACUAAUUGAGCCAAUGUGUAGGCUUGAUCUCUUUUGUUUACCGAAAUAAAC